UCUCUUUUUCAAUCUAUUUACAUACUCAAAUCCGUGGUUUUUUAGGAUACUGGGAAUUUUACUUUGAUCAACAAAUCGGAAUUCGGUUUUGUGUUUGAAACGUCCUUUAAACUUUAAUUUGCCUUCGAUUGUAGUAAUGGCGGAAAUAUGCUGUGGGUUUAUGAGUGACAAGGCGGCGUCAACCUCCGGCAGGUCGAGUUCACGAGAAGCACGUCGGAAGAGAAUGGAAAUCAGAAGAGUUAAGUUUGUAGCCGGAGUUCCGGCGGUAGUCACCCAUAACGGAUUCAAGAAAUUGAGGGUAUCUGUCUCACCAGACUCAUUCUCUCAUGCAUGUGAUGAUCAUCAUCAAGCAGAUGUUGUCAAAGCUAAUACGCCUGUAGUUGGUUCGAGCUCCGGUGGCUUUUAUCAUGGUGAAUCGAUUCCUAAGUUUGGAGUUGCAUCUGUGUGUGGACGCCGGAGAGAAAUGGAAGAUGCGGUUGCGAUUCAUCCGAGUUUUCUUGGAAUAGAUGAUGAUGAUAAAUUAUCUGAUGUACACUACUUUGGCGUCUACGAUGGCCAUGGUUGUUCUCAUGUUGCACAUAGGUGCAAGGAUCGAUUACACAUGUUGGUGAAGGAAGAAUUUAACACAGAGAUGGAAUCAAGGGAGUGGAAGAACACGAUGGAACGAAGCUAUAGUCGAAUGGAUGAGGAAGUAACAGUUUGGAACCAAGAAGCUAUAAACGGAGACUGCAAGUGUGAGCUUCAUGCUCCUGAGUCCUACGGUGUCGGAUCCACGGCGGUGGUGGCAGUCGUGACACCGGAAAAGAUCAUCGUCGCAAAUUGUGGUGAUUCAAGGGCGGUGCUUUGUCGAAAUGGCAAGGCAGUCCCUUUAUCAACCGAUCACAAGCCUGAUCGUCCUGAUGAACUCAACCGAAUCCAAGCUGCCGGUGGGAGAGUCUUAUAUUGGGAAGGCGCGAGAGUAUGCGGUGUUCUCGCCAUGUCUAGAGCUAUCGGCGAUAAUUAUUUGAAACCCUAUGUGAGUUGUGAGCCCGAGGUGACGAUCACAGAUCGAACUUCGGAAGAUGAUUUUAUGAUACUUGCAAGCGAUGGACUAUGGGACGUCGUGUCAAAUGAGACAGCUUGUGGGUUGGCGAAGAUGUGUCUGAAAGGAAAUGGACCAUCGGCGGAGAUGAAGAGUCCACCGAUGAACGAUGCGUCUGAGUAUGAGAACUGCGAUAGGGCUUGUUUAGAUGCGUCGUUGCUAUUAACGAAAUUGGCGUUGGCACGGCGAACUAUGGACAAUGUUAGUGUUGUUGUUAUAGAUCUAAGAAAUAAUCGCCAAUAAAAUAAUGAAAAAUCCAAAUCUUAUGAAUAUUUAUUUAACUUCUUCAAGUGUGGAGAAUCUAUUAAAAACCCAUAUUGUCGACCUUAAAUUGAAACUAGGCACGAAGCAUAACAUUAAUCUAUCUUGUUUUGGUUAUAUGUAACUUGUAAUAUAAUUAUCACAAACUAUAAUAAUAACAAAUAUAGAAACAUAA